AUGGUGUUGCCGCCCCCAGACAAACGCCACGUGUGCCUGACCACCAUCGUCAUCAUGACCAGCAUGGCCUUCAUGGACGCCUACCUGGUAGAGCAGAACCAGGGUCCCAGAAAGAUCGGUGUGUGUAUUAUAGUGCUGGUAGGGGACGUAUGCUUCCUCAUAGUGCUGCGAUACGUGGCAGUGUGGGUCGGCGCUGAGGUGCGCACCGCCCGACGAGGAUACGCCAUGAUACUCUGGUUUCUGUACAUCUUCGUACUGGAGAUCAAGCUCUACUUUGUCUUCCAGAAUUGCAAGGCAGACAGGAAGAGUUUGGAGACGGUGGCCCGGAAGGCUUUGACGUUAUUAUUAUCUGUAUGUGUACCAGGCUUAUACUUGGUUCUAGUGGCUCUGGAUAGUAUGGAAUAUGUGAGAACUUUCCGGAAGAAGGAGGACAUGAGGAGUCGUCUGUUCUGGGUUGCUCUGGACCUGCUGGACCUGCUGGAUAUCCAAGCCAACCUGUGGGAGCCCCAGCGGACAGGCCUGCCCAUCUGGGCCGAGGGCCUGAUGUUCUUCUACUGCUACAUCCUGCUGCUCAUCCUGCCCUGCGUGUCGCUCAGUGAAAUCAGCAUGCAGGGCGAGCACAUGUCGCCCCAGAAGAUGAUGCUGUACCCAGUCCUGAGCCUGGUCACCAUAAACGUGGUCACCAUCCUCAUACGAGGUGUAAACAUGGUACUGUUUCAGGACAGCCGCGUUUCCACCAUCUUUGUCGGAAAGAACGUGGUGGCCAUCGCCACCAAGGCGUCCACCUUCCUGGAGUACCGCAGACAGGUGAAGGAGUUCCCCCACCCGCAGAACGCCAUGGCGCUAGAGCUUCAGCAGAACUCUGUCAGCCACACGCAGCCGCUGCCCAACGCCACCAGUUUGCCACAUGAACCUUCGCCGGCGCAAGACGUCAUCGACACAUGA